AUGGGAGAAACAACAAUCUUUUCCGCGCCGAGCACUGACGGCCCGAACACAACAAUUCCUAAAAAACCAGCAGUAGUCGGCUACUCCCUCCCCAAAUGGCGCAAAUACUUGAUACUGUUCGUGAUCAGCUGGCUCACCCUCGUCGUCACCUUCUCCAGCACAUCCAUGCUCAUCGCAACCCCCGAAAUAGCAUUCGAUCUCUCCACGACCUCCGAGAUCCUCGACGUAACCAAUGCCGGCGUGCUCGUAGCCAUGGGUUUAUCAGCCCUCAUCUGGUCUCCGCUAAGUGACCUAUUUGGUCGCAAAAGGAUAUAUAAUGUGGCCAUUUUUUUCAUGUUUGUGCCUUCGAUUGGGGCUGCGGUGGCACCAGAUUUGGCGACGUUUACGGCUAUGAGGUUGGUGGGUGGGUUGACGGGGACGUAUUUUAUGGUUGCUGGGCAGACUAUAAUUACUGAUAUUUUUGAGCCGCUGUCCCGUGGUCAGGCAACGGGGUUCUUUAUGGUUGGGAGCGUGGCUGGUCCUGCCCUUGGUCCGUGUAUUGGCGGUCUGAUCGUCACAUUCAGCCACUGGAGAAAUAUCUACUGGCUCCAGGUCGCCAUGUCAGGCUUUGGUCUGGUCCUUUCUCUCAUCGUCAUCCCCAGCAUCAAGCGAGAAGUCGAAGUCGUCCAGCAUGCCGCCAAACAGAAGCUCUCAUUCUUCGAAGCAUUGCAGAAAUUCAAUCCUCUCGGCGUGUUUCGGCAGCUUCUUCAACCAAAAGUUCUACUCGCUGACGUAACGUGCGGCUGUCUAGCAGUCACCCAAUACGGCAUCCUCACAUCAAUCCCCCACGUCAUAAACCCCCGGUUCAAUCUCACCACACCCCUAAUCAGCGGCAUAUUCUACAUCGCUCCCGGCACCGGCUUUUUCGUCGGCAGCAUCGUCGGCGGUCGUCUAUCAGACCGUACCGUGAAACGGUACAUCGCAAAACGGAACGGAAUCCGUUUACCAGGCGACAGACUCAAUGGCGGCUUGAUAGGUUUGUUUGUGAUUCUUCCGAUUUCGUUGCUGUUGCUCGGAUGGGGUUUGCAGGAGAGUAUUGGUGGAUUGGCGUUGCCGAUUGUGGCUGCGUUUUGGGCUGGGGUUGGGUUGAUGGGAACGUUUAAUGCGCUGAAUACGUAUACAGCUGGAGAGGUAAAUCCUGCCAAGAAGGCAGAUGUCAUCUGCACCAAAUACAUUGUGCAAUAUUUUUUCGGAGCUGGUAGUUCGGCCGCUAUUGUUCCUUUGAUUGACGCUAUUGGUGUUGGGUGGUCAUUUACUUUCUUGGUCGCAUUGGAUUUUAUAGGAGGUGGUCUGGUUUUACUAAUUACCAGGUUCUGGACAAAAGUACCCGAUGAAUCCAGGUAA